UCACGUGUCCGGUGCGGUAUCUGGGCUUAUCGGGUCUUACAGCUUUCCGCCCUCCACACCCGUAAAGCCGCCGCCGCACGGCGACUCCUCCUCACCGGCCCCUCCCCAUCUCUCACCUAGAGGCGGACGGCGACGACCGAAGCGGCGCCCGUAGCAUCGCACCUCCGGCGUCGGCGAGCGUGCCCGUCGGGCGGAGGCGGCGGCCGAGAUGGCGAUGCGACACCUCAUCACGGGCCAGAACAGCUGCGCCCCGGACGGCGCCUCGUCGUCCAACCCCCUCAACGCCUUCGCCAACGCCGUCCUUGGCCAGUCCUCCAAGACGCAGUCCAUUAAGGAACUUCCUGGCUCAGUCAGUGUUCCAUCUACAUCUGAUUUUGGCACAGCUCCUCCCUUGUCAACCAUCCCUGGUUCAGAGAAUGAGUUCAAACAAGAUCAGCGACCCCUUGCACGGGGUGCCGACUUCAUCCGUGGGGGUCCUGCUAAUGAUUGGAUUGAAUCUUUUCGCCCUCCAGGGGUUCCUGAAUUUGGAGGAGCAGAAUCACAAUAUGCAGAAUUUGACCAAAUCUAUAACAAUGCAGGGACAACCAUCAGACCACCCUUGGAUGGUCCACCACAAAGGGUGUUGUCUGGUGUCUUGCAUUCUUUUCUUGCAAGUGGCAGAGCUGGUGUGCCGUUUCAACCUGUUCCAGUACCAGCUCUUGGUUUAUCUGAAAGCGACAAACAAUGCAUACGUGAUCGUAGCUGCAUAAUGGCACGGCAUAUUCUGGCUGACCAACCAGAGGAAUAUAUACAGGCUCAGGUCAAUACUUUGUUGCAUUCGCUUGAUAUUGACAACCGAAUGAGAGGCCCUAUGCAUGGACAGUACCCAGAGCUGGAGCAGUACUGGAAUCAGUCCCAAAGUUCUAUGGGACCUGCCUCGAUGCAUAAUGCUGCAGAUAAAUGGAUUACCGAGUUUGGCAAUCAAAAUAAUAACCCAGAAAGCUGGGCGAAUUCUUUCGAGCAGCAAUAUGGCCCAAAUGGUUGGGCCUCUGAGUUUGAACAGCAUCAAUCUCAGAUGGCCAUGGGUCAGAUGGGAGGAGCGAACAUGGCUAACCUGGCUGCUAUGGAGCAAUCCCGUAUGCUUGCACAAACAUUAGCAAGUAAUAACGACCCCAAGUUUCAGAAUUCUAAGUUCUUCCAGUUUGUUUCAAAGAUGAGCCGUGGUGAACUUAUUAUAGAAGAUAAUCAAGUAAAACAAGGUUCAGCAUCCCAAUCCAAUGGCUGGGCUGAUGAAUUUCAAACACAGUACAAUGCUAAUGCAAACUCAUGGGCGGAUCAGUUUGCACAUGAAGAGCUUUCACAAGGGGCGGAUAAGUGGGCUAGCGAGUUCGCUAGUGAACAUAAUCAGGGCGCGUUAAAUGAUAACUGGGUUGACGAGUUUUCGAAAUUAAAUGUUACUGACGAAUGGGCAGAAGAAUUCAGUGGUGGUGGUUUUGGCGAAAGCUCUGCUGAUCCAUGGGCAGAUGAGUUCCAAGAACAAUUGUCAUCCUUCAAACAAAGCUCGGGUGCUUCUCGAGGGGUUUACGUUUUUUCUGAGAUGAACCCGUAUGUUGGUCACCCUAAUCCAAUGCAAGAAGGACAAGAGCUCUUCCGCAAGGGCCUCUUAAGUGAAGCUGUUCUUGCUUUAGAGGCUGAAGUUUUGAAGAAUCCUGAUAAUGCUGAAGGUUGGAGGUUGCUUGGAGUAACACAUGCAGAAAAUGAUGAUGACCAACAGGCCAUUGCAGCAAUGAUGCGUGCGCAGGAAGCUAAUCCGACAAACCUUGAAGUUCUUCUCGCUCUAGGUGUCAGUCACACAAACGAAUUGGAGCAGGGAGAAGCAUUAACAUAUCUUUAUAGGUGGCUUCAGAAUCAUCCAAAAUAUGGGGGCCUUGCCCCCCCUCCACAGGCGACUGGUUCACCUUAUGGUCCAGAUGUUGUUAGAUUGUUUAAUGAAGCUGCUCAGAUGUCACCUGAAGAUGCAGACGUCCAUAUAGUUCUGGGAGUCUUAUACAACCUAUCAAGAGAGUAUGAUAAAGCUAUAGCUUCAUUUAAGACAGCACUACAGCUCAAACCUCAGGACUAUUCACUCUGGAAUAAGCUUGGUGCAACCCAAGCAAACAGCAUCCAGAGUGCUGAUGCUAUAUUGGCGUAUCAGAAGGCUCUAGACUUGAAACCAAACUAUGUCCGUGCAUGGGCUAAUAUGGGAAUCAGCUAUGCCAACCAGGGUUUGUAUGAAGAUUCUAUUCGAUACUAUGUAAGGGCAGUUGCGAUGAAUCCAAAAGCUGACAACGCCUGGCAGUACUUGAGGAUUUCUCUUAGCAAUGCGUCACGAGCCGACAUGAUUGCUGCAUGCGAUGCCCGCAACCUGGAUGCUCUUCAGAAAGAGUUUCCUCUGUGAGUCCCUGUCCUGAACAUCAGCUAUUGAGCAGAUCUCAUCCAGCAAGGAAGCAGAUUAGCAAGGCAUGCUAUCAUUGGCUGCACAGUAAUUGAAUCGAAUCCAGUAGCCUUUUGUUUUUCUGAUUCUUGUUUGAUGUAUGUUAAUUCUUCUAUUUAACAAGCAAGUGUGGAAUGUACAGUGGGAACAACACCCAAUUGUAGAUGUGAAAUACCAUGGCUAAAGGCAACGGUAGCAAAGGGGAGAACAUUUGUAGUUACAUGCUCACGAGAGGCACAGCAGGAAUAAAAGAAUGAUUUGAAUAGAAGUCUUUAUUUCGAGGA